UUGUCAAUGCAAACAAAAAAGAACAACAAAGAUAUGUGUUUGACAUUUACGUGUCGAUUAAGAAUAAAAAUAAAUCUACAAAUUUAGAAUAUUUUGCAAGUGAAUAAAUAUCAAAGAUGCAGUCAGCUGGCACCGACGAUUUACUACAAUUUCGUGACUAUAACAGCACGCCCAGCACGAGCAGUCCACCGGCACAGAUAAAUGUGAACUCACCAACUCAUUCUGGUGGCUCUGGUAGUGGUAAUAAUGCUUUGAAUGAAUUAAUUUAUGAUAUGAGUAACUCAGCUGGCAUAUUGAGUGGUAGCAAUGCUGCAGGAGACGGUGGAAAUAUAAAUACAUCUGCAACUACCGCUGGUAGCGGUGCUGAUGGUGGCGGUGCUGGUGCUGGGAAUAAGGUAUCGUUUCUAACAUUCGAGUACUAUCAACAAUUCUUCAACGUGGACACAUCUGUUGUGUUGGAGCGUAUUGUUAAUGCAGUCGUACCUAUGCGUGCGUCUAAGAACUAUUUGCGGUUCGAUAUUGGUGAAAAUCCAGAUUUAUAUGGCCCAUUUUGGAUAACUGUUACAUUGAUCUUUUCAAUUGCUAUUGGCGGUAAUAUUGCAAGUUAUUUGCAACACGCUGAUGACAAUUACCAGUGGCGCUAUAAUUUCCAUUUAGUAUCCUACGCUGCAACAUCCAUAUUUAUUUACGCCAACUUCGUCCCAAUUCUAUUUUGGGCUUUGUUCAAGUAUACAUUAAAGCCAGUUACGGAUGAAGAACCAGUCGAAAGUGCCAACUACACGCCCUCAUUGUUGUCGCUUAUGUGCCUCUAUGGCUAUUCACUAUUUGUUUAUAUACCUUUUUCUGUAUUGUGGCUUAUACAGAUUAGCAUAGUGCAAUGGGUUUUUGUCAUCAUCUCCUUUUGUCUUUCUGGUUUGUCAAUGAUGCACGUACUGACACCCGCUACUCGUAACUCCAAGAUCUCUCAAUUACUAAUAUUCGGAAUAUUACUUUCACAAUCCCUGCUGGCUGUUUGUUUCAUGUUUUACUUCUUCCAUAUGCCAAACAGCCCGGUGUCUACUGCAACAGAGUCCGCUGCUAUAGAGGAAGUCAUUAAGACAGCAAAACUUGUAGUGACACCUCCAGUAGUGGCAGGCAAUAUAGCACCAGCUAAUGGCACGCGCUAAGUGUUUCAUGAUAAUCUAAAAUUAAAAAAAAAAAAAUAAGACGAAUCGUGUAAGAUUUCCUUAGAAAAUUAGAAAUGUUUUUUUUUAUUAUUUUAAUGUAAAUUUGAUUUGUCUGUUGUGCUUUUAUGCUUAGUUUCUUAGCGAAUCGCUUCUAAUAUCAAAUGGAGUGAUUACUUUCAAGUACGAAAUAUGCCAUUAUGUUAUUUACAUAAAUAUAUGUUCAUUCCAAAAAUAUUUAAAUUUA